UUGGACGAGAUCGCUCACGCUCAGUCGAUUCUCAGCGACGCCAGUGGAUGCGUGUGCGUAGGAAGGAUGGUCCCUUUCAAGACAUUGUUAUGGGCGGCGUUGUUGCGAUUGGGUGUGGCGGCAUCGUCCUUUCACCUCCCUCACCCACCAGCCCGCCCCCCGCCUCGAUCCACACGAAUGCCCACCAUCCUUCAAACAGCCUCCACUGAUUUUGGUGUCCAUGGAUGGAUUCCGAGCAGAGUACUUGACGAGGGGAUUCACGCCUACGAUCGUGGCCUUGGCAAACAAGGGCGUGAGAGCGCCCUACAUGAAAGCAUCCUACCCUACGAUCACAUUUCCUAAUCACUAUACUAUAGCAACGGGUCUCUACCCACCUGCUCAUGGAAUUGUCGCGAACAAAUUCUUCGAUCCAGUGUUCAACGCCAAGUUCAAACCCGGCAAUCAGGAAUCACUAAAGAUUCGCUGGUGGGGAGGAGAACCCAUCUGGAAGACGGUCGAGAGGCAGGGCAAACGUGCUGCUACCUUCUUCUGGCCAGGAUCAGACGUGGAGGGUAACCAGGCAACUUACUGGUUUCCUUAUAAUAUAUCGAUCCCGUUCGAGUACCGAGUAGAUACGGUACUUUCUUGGCUUGAUCUUCCGCCCGAGCAACGUCCUGCUUUCAUGACGCUGUAUAUGCACGAACCCGACACAAUUGGUCAUAAGUACGGACCAAAUACGAAUCAGGUGGACGCAUCGCUGGCACGAGUUGACUCCAUGGUUAAGAAGCUGGUUGAUGGAAUCGAGAGGAGGAGGCUGCUCUCCUGCGUCAACAUCCUGAUUGUGGCAGACCACGGAAUGGCCGAAGCUGGGGCGGAAAGGGUCAUUCGGCUGGACGAAUACAUUCCGGAUAUCACCUUGAAAACUAGAUUCUGGGAUGGAGUCUUUGGGAGAAUGAGCCCCCGAGAUGGCUCCCAAGCAACAAAGAAACAGAUGCUGGAGGCACUUUCAUGCAAACGCAAAGAACUUCGAGUCUACGAGAAAACAUCACUUCCAGUCAGAUGGCACAUGGGAGCGCAGCGUCGAGUGGAGGACAUCGUGGUGGAUCUGGAUGCAGGAUUCACUGUUGCUGGAGACAGCACCUUCCUGGCAGACGCGGGCGACCAUGGAUACGACAAUUUCUUCUCCGUUAUGAACGCAAUGUUCGUGGCCCAUGGGCCCUCUUUCCUACGUAACACAGAGGUCGAAGCCUUCCAGAACAUAGAGCUGUAUAACCUUAUGUGUCACUUGUUGGGCGUCACUCCGGCACCCAACAAUGGCACCUGGGGAGCCCUCCACCAUCUGCUGCACAACCCUCCACCCUACCCCACUCCAUAUGUUAACGAGGCCCCACCUCUAGUGGGAGUUCUGCCCGCCGACGAUUCCUUGGAACAUCAUAUUUCGGGUUCAUACUGCGACGAAGAUGACGAUGAGGCAGAAGGGCUGCUGGAAGUGCUGGAGGAAGCCCAAGAGGAUUUCCCCUCUGUGGUACGAGAACACUUGCCUUGGGGAACACCAGCCAUGGGACGCCUGAGGGACUCCGUUCUUCUUCUCCCGCAUCCAGAUACCGUAACAGGAUACUCGUCACUCAUCAAGAUGCCUCUAUGGACGAGCUACACUCUGGACGGAAAACUGAGACAGGGAAGCGGCCACGGGAGAUGGAGGAGCGACCUGAGGCUGCCGAAGCAGCUGGCUCCCUUCUGCCCGCUCUAUGGCAGCGUCACCUCUUUCAACAUCAAUGGAUACCCUCUCUUCCCCGCGGAUUUCGUCCGAAGGAAGGAGUGCGCCCAGUUGCCCUUCCUGACGAGCAACUCCGUCCCUUUCACCUACCAGCUGCAAAAGCGUUGGGAGCAGCUACUGACGUAUGUGCUGAAGUGGGGAAGGCAGUAUGGCGCCCUCAACGUCAUCAGUGGACCCGUCUUUGACUACGAUGCCGACACGUUCGUCGACGAUCUGGUCCCAUUAAGCGCAAGCGGAGCCCUCCUGGUGCCAACACACGUCUUCGCGGUGGUGACUCGCUGUCGCACGUGGGUGGAUGACCUGUCCAUGUGCCCUCACAACUACCUCGACGCAGCAGCCUUCGUCUACCCUCAGUACCUGACCGUCUCGAAUUGUUUGAGUGCUUCGGAGUUUGCCCGGGAAUUCAGCGCCACUGUUCAAGACGUUGAAAAGAUUACUGGCCUCAAGUUCUUCACAAAUCUCAAAUAUGAGGACCAAGUUCGCCUGAGGCUGAGGGUCCACUCGAACAUAUGGGGCCGUGAAUCUUGGUGGAACAGGCUUCGAGCUGACAUCUUCGCCCUGGAAUAAACAGGCCCACAUUCCCGCGUCUCGAAACAAAUUCCUAGCAACAUAAUCUUCCUCGAAAAUCUCCCACAUUGUCUCCUGUUGCGCUUGGGGCAUCUAUACAAUCUCACACGUCUAUAUAUUUAUAUACACUGUGUACAUAAGAGUGAAGCUGAAACUUUGUUCAUUACGUAUGGAGAAAAUACGAUACCGCACCUUUUAGGAAUCUGACGGUAUUAUAAGUUAUUGGGCUUACCCAAAAGAAUAGACAAAUGAUAAUCAAGGACUCAAGUUUCAUGGAUUAUUAUAUAUAUAUAUAUAUUACAUGCAGACGUACAAACC